AAUGAAACUUUCUGCAGUUACCUGAAAGGAGACGUAUCAAGCAUUUCAUUACUUGAGCUACACAAGCAAUGCAAGUUAAUGCAGACUGAGCCCAAUAUUGAAACUCAGGACUCGGUGACCUCCAAUACUGCAGUAACGGAAUCCGAUUUUCUACCAGGAACAACAGAAGACUCAUUGACCUCCCCAAUAACACCACCUACAAUAGGACAAAAGUAUUUUCUCUUAGAAAACACUACGGAUUUUACGGCCACUGUUUCUGAAAAUAACUCAGCAACUUCCUUCCCCAUAACACAAUCUGGUAUGAACACCCCAGGAACAAGUGAAAGCGAUUACUUACCUAAAGAAAUCACAUUGCCCAUUAAUGCCACCGACAGAACAUUAACUGAACACAAGUUUCCAGAAAGUGGAAGUUCCAAUGGGGAACACUUGGACAUCCCAAGAGACUACCCAGAGGAAUAUGAAGAAGAAGAGACUGUGACAACAGUAGAAACCAAAAUGACUGCAUGUGACUACAACCAUUGCAGACAUCUUCAAACACCUUGCUCUGAGCUUCAACUGCUAAGCCCAUGUUUGUGUCCAGGUCUUUCGAGCAAUAAUAUCAUUCCAGAUCCACCUUAUGUACAAGGAGUAUUUGAGAUAACAGACACCUCAGCUCAGAUUCUUUGGUGUUCCCCAAAUUCUGUAGUGGAAAAGUACCAGCUAGUUUAUCAGCCCAAAAGUGGCGCUAGUGAAACGGUUGAUAACAUUUACAUGACAAUGAGACAGUACACGCUAUAUAACUUAGUGCCCUAUACGACAUAUAAGGUUUGUGUGUUGGCUUUUAAUAAGAAGGGGCAUAGUGUGCCGAUAAACACCACAUCAAGCACUUCAUGUACUGAAUUCGAGACCAGACCCAGCUACAUUCUCAUACUUUCCAUAGUGAGCACGCUAGCUGGGCUCUUUUUAGUCACCAUUGCUGUGCUUUCUACUUGUCUAUACAAAGCUUGUAAAAAUAACAUGGUCGGCAAAUAUGAUACGCGACUCGUGUCCUAUAAGAACCCUGCUUUUGAAUAUCAAUGCACUAUCCCAUCAUAUCAUUAAAAUAUUGUUACAAA